UGUCCGGGCCCAGAGUGAGCCAAUUACUAACUAAUACGAAAACUCCCCUCUCUCGAUUGGGCAAUCGAAUGAGAAUGACAAGGAGCACAGCAACUAUUACCCUGAGUACUAUUAUCUCACUGAUGCUGUUGUGCGUCUCCGACGUGGUUCCAUCGUCUCACUCCAUCAUAAAGACCCUACCGGGGUUUCCGGGUGAUCUUCCCUUCCAGCUUGAAACCGGGUACAUUGGAGUGGGAGAAUUAGAGCAGGUUCAGCUAUUCUACUACUUCAUUGAAUCGGAGAGGAGCCCAAAGGACGACGCCCUCUUUCUCUGGCUGACCGGUGGCCCUGGUUGCUCCGCUUUCUCUGGCCUCAUUUAUGAAAUCGGUCCGUUACUCUUUGACUACUCGAAAUCUAGAGGGAAGAGAGCAGUAUUAAAGUUGAACCCUUAUUCAUGGACAAAGGUCGCAAAUAUUAUUUUUGUGGACUCGCCUGUUGGGACUGGAUUUUCGUACGCAAAGAGUUGGACCGGAUUCGAAAAUAGCGAUACCUCGCAAACCGCUUUGCUUUAUGAAUUUUUGCGGAAGUGGUUCCUGUCUCACCCACAAUUUCAAGAUAAUCCGCUCUAUAUCACCGGUGAUUCUUAUUCCGGCAAGAUUAUUCCAAUGCUCGUCGAGGAAAUAUACAAUGGGAACAAAGUUGGCCUCGAUCCCGAAAUGAAUCUAAGGGGUUAUGUGAUCGGGAACCCGGUAACCUAUGAAGCGAAAGACAUUAGUAUGAGAGUUCCGUAUGCCCACCUCGUGGCACUUAUAUCCGAUGAACUUUACCAGUCAGCAAGAAUAAAUUGCAAAGGAGAUUACAUGGACGUGGAUCCGAGUAACGCUGCCUGUCUCGCCGCCCUGCAGAACAUAUCGAUAUGCACUGACAAGAUAUACCCAGGUCAUAUACUCGAACCGACGUGUGCCCUGCUGUCUCCACAACCAAAUUCGAGUCGUACUUCUAUGUGGAACAGAAGGCUAGUUGGGGAUGAUAAUAUUGACAUCGUUUUAUCCCCUCUGCGAUCUCUUUCAAAACAAUGGUGCCGGAGUUAUAACUACCUCUACUCUUACAUUUGGGCAAACGAUAAAACAGUUCAAAGAGCACUUCACGUAAGAGAGGGGACGAAGGAGGAGUGGCAGAGAUGCAACAAGAGCUUGUCUUACACGAAGAAUGUAUUGAGCACUGUGCCUUAUCACUACAACCUCACCAAGACAUCCCUGCGUGUCCUAAUUUACAGUGGAGAUCAUGACUUUGCAAUUCCAUAUAUUGGCACCAUGGAAUGGAUCAAGUCCCUCAACUUAACCGUUUUUGGUAGUUGGGCGCCGUGGUUCGUGGAAGGCCAAAUCGCCGGAUACUCUACGUUGUUCGAGAAUACCAACUAUGACUUAACAUUUACGACAAUCAAGGGAGGAGGGCAUACAGCUCCAGAGUACAAACCGAAGGAAUGCCUCGCAAUGAUUGAUAGAUGGCUUGCUUAUUACCCUCUCUAACACCUGCUAGCUAGUCUACCUAUCAAUCAAUCUAUACAUCAGUUGAGCUAUUUUCUCCAAUUUAUAAUUUGCACCGCAAUAAAAGAAAAAGAAAUAAAAUGACCACCAUAUUUCAGGUGUGGGAAAAAGGUUUAUAUACGUUGUAUUUUAUUUUUAUUUUUGCUAAUAAAAAACCUUUCUUCAAUAAACGCAAGAAAACUAAACAGUAAAGAUUUACAAAUUGCAUA